GUUUUGAUGUUUUGACGUCUCACCGUAAAAAAGAAAACAAAGAUGUCUGCCUAUCUCAAUCAAGACAAUAAACCAUUAAAAAAGGCUAGACUCGGUCCUCCAGACGUUUAUCCACAAGAUCCAAAACAGAAAGAGGAUGAACUUACAUCAACAAGUGUCAAGCUGGGAUUCAGCAACAUGCCCCACUUCAAUGAUGAGUAUGGGUCAGCCAAGAGUGCAAGCAUUAGUCAGGAAAAGUUUGGAGCAUUCUUCAGUGCGGUGAUGACUAAGAAGAUAGAGCUGAACACAUGGAGUGAUAGCAGCAAAAAGAAACCACAGAUUAUGAAGGAAAACUUCUGGCCGGUGACAGCCCAGAAAAAACACUACAUGGAAAGCUGGUUCCGUGACCUGGCUGCUGGAAGCAAACCUCUCGGUCAACUCAGCAGGAAAGUCCCAUCCUUUAACAAGAAAGAGGAGAUAUUUUACAACCUGUGUGAGUUUAAUGUGCCCAUGGUGAAGGCGUCUUGGUUCAUCAAGAUGACGGCUGCAUAUUAUCUCAAUAUGCAGGAGAAUAAACCAAAGAAAAGACAGACAGUGGAUCAGUCUUUAGAGUGGACAAUUGGACUGACCAAGUACAUGAAGGAGCAGCUAACCAAGAUCCAGGAGUACUACCACGGCACGGGGACCCAGAUGAGCUUCCUCACAGCCACACAAGCCCCCUCACAGGUCGACCUUGACCUUGCCUUGAAACAGUGGGCAUACUGCUCAAAGCUCGCCAGAUACAUGUAUGAUGAGGGUUUGUUGGACCGCCAUGAGUUUCUCUCCUGGAUCAUCGAGGGUUUGGAGAAGUCCAAGCAAGUCGACGAUACCAUUCUUAAACUUAUACUUAAGGAGAUCAUGAUGUACCUGGAUGAAAUUACUCUAUCAGCGCAGGUGUCACGUCGCCUGGCAUAUGUAGCUGGCCGCAGGCUGAACCAGAUGUGUAAUGAUGCAGGGUCUACCUCGCCCAGGACCCAAUCUCCCAUGCUUAAUGCUAGUGCUAACACACAAAACAGCCAACAAUUGGUCCAUCAAAAUCCUUUGGCAGCCAUCUUUGCCGAGUUCAGUGGCUGUCCACACCAUAGAGCUGUGAUCUUUGCCCUCUGCACCUGUGUUCAGGUGAUCACAAUGACAAACCCAUCAGCUCUGAUCUGGAACAACUUAGGAGAUGGACGGAGUAACUCGCCGUACUGUGGGUCUCCACUGGAUCACCUGCCUUGUGCACCCUCCUGCCUUCCAAUGCCGCAGGCUGAGCAGAAUCAACAGGUCCGAGGUCAGAUCAGGGCUAUGGAGCACCAGAUACGACUGCGAAGCCGAGCGGCGGAAGUAAGAUGGUCCUCAGACAAGUGUCAGCAGUCAACAACUGGUUACACAAUGGGCAAGGUUUUGAACGUCCUGGACACACUCGAUCGCCACAAUUUUGACCGUGUUGAAAACAACAACAGUCUUGAAUCUCUCUACAACAAGAUCUUUAUGGCAAAUGCACCAAAGGAUGGAACUGAGCCAUUGGUCAGUGAUGAGCCAAUCAUAACCCUGCUUAUAGACUGGGCAGUCAGUGUGAAGAGACAUGGAGCCCACAGGGCAGUUGUAGUGGCUAAACUACUGGAAAAAAGGCAACAAGAUUUGAAGGCUGAGAAAUACAGUGAUGCGGAUGUUCCAGAUGAGAAGGACUCAGCAGGAUCCGACAUGAUGAUUUCUCCCAGUGUGCCCUUGUUCCAGGGACUUCUGUUGAACUUCCUUGACAACAAGGCUCCCAUUAUAGACGAGAAUGCCAGUGAGGAAAACCAGCAGGCAUUUGCCAAUCUGAUCCACCUUUUUUCUGAACUCAUACGCCACGAGGUCUUCUCCCACGAUGCGUACAUGUGCACCCUGAUUUCUCGCGGGGAAAUGCUCCAAGCUCCCACGGUUGUUUCCAAUAUGAUGGAUAGUAUGGACCUCGCCAGCAUGAAGAGUGAGGUGGAAAGUGUCAAACAUGAGCACCAGGAUGACAUUAAGGUGGAUAUGGACAUACAAAUGAUGGAGUCAGACUUGAGCAGUUUCUUUGGAUCGGUGAAUGACGAGCCUCGAACCUCUCCUGGACCUGCCUCUGUGAAGUCCACGAGAUCUGAGAAAGACCCUGUGGCCACAGGAAGCAAGGUGGAUAACCCAUCAAUGCCUGAGAUGAAAGGUCCCUCCCGUCACAUGCAGUAUACUAGUCACCUCCCCUUGCCUCAAGAGGAACUCUCAAACCACGAGUGUAAUCAGCGCUUCGUUGUGUUGUAUGGGGUUGGUAAAGCGCGUGAAGCAGCGCGACACAUGGUUAAGAAAGUCAGUAAGGAGAUUUUAAGAUUAUACAGUAGGAAAAACUGUAUGGAUGUUAGUAGUGGAGAUAUCGGGAAAUUAAAGAAGAAGAAAGAUAAGGAUGAAGUAGGGUCUGUAUGUCUUGUGGCAAAUUUGGAGUUACUCUUUGCAAAAUUCAUGAAACUAUCAUACUACGAUCAGCAUUAUGUGACGUGGCAGUGUACUAGUGCGGUCUCUGAGCAGAUAUUGAGCUUCACAAGCGGGAAUUCAACAUACCUUCCCAAGGUGGAAAACAUCUCGUACCUGUUUGAUCUCAUGGAACACUCAAUGGAUGUUAACAAUCUACUCGACUUCUCCGUGCAGCUUCUCCAGGAGCUAAGCAUUGUGGAGAGCCAGCUAUCCCAGGGUGGGUCGAGUCUUGCGGGCAUCUACACCACGUCCUUGUGUCUGUGUAUCGUGGCCAUCUUCAGGAAAUACCACUCCUUCCUGCUCGUAUCAGAAGACCUGACUCUCAAGGCAUUUAAAGGACUUAUUGGUGUGGUGAAGCAUGUUUGUAAUCCAGCAGACUGUACAUCGGCAGAGAGGUGUAUUCUUGCAUACCUAUAUGACGUCUACACUUCCUGCAGCUACCUUAAGAAUAAAUUCCAGGAAAUGUUCAGCAAUGCAUACUCCAAAAUCAGAGUCACCCUGUAUGCAGACAUCAAACCUUCAGCCUCCAAUCUCAUGUGGGACCCUUCCUUCAUGAUCGACUUUCUAGCAAGUGCCAAGUGUAUCCCCAUAGAGCAACAUUACAUAGAGCAGUUGAACAAGAAUGGUGCAAAUCGCUACAGCUUUGUUGUGAACACCAUGCUGAACAUCUGCAAGUUCACUGUGACAUCGGAUAGGUUGAAUGAGAUCAGCGUUCUGUGUGCGGAACUGACGGCCAAAUGUAAUGCCUUGAGUGCCGAGUGGUUGGGGGUGCUGUGUGCCCUCUGCUGCUCAGCCAAUCAGAGCUGUGGUUACAUUGAUGUACUCACUCAGAUUGAUGUGAGUGAUCUGUCAUUCCAUGACAACCUGGCAGUGUUCACUUCCAUCCUGAUUGCCCGUCACUGUUUCUCCAUGCAAGAUCUGCUCUUCUAUGUGGCAUUACCAGCACUUGUUAAUCCAGCAUUCGGUGAAAUAGCAGACGCUGAGCCAGGAGCCAGACUGACAUGUCACCUCCUGUUGAGGCUCUUCAAGGUGCACAAUGGUGUAUUAUGGUCUUAUACAGGAGGUCAGAGGAGGGGUACCCACAUCCGAGCCUCAUGUGACAGACAUCUCCUAGCAGCAAGACACAAUAACAUUGAUGUGGCAGCAGUACUGGCAUUGUUGAAAUCACUUCUUGUGCUGUCUGACUCUUGUCGUGACGAGGUGAAGUCCAAGUCGUCUGGGCGUCGUGACAGUAAGGGCAAUGAUGACUACAUUAACAAGCUUCUCAGCAACAUAGAUGAUGACAUUGAUAUGGAUAUGAUGUUAGGGUCAGGGGGUAUGGAGAAUGCGGGACUGAGCGAGUUCUCAAAGCACUCUCUACGUGAGCUGUGCAGUCAGGACUGGGUUCGGGAAAAGUUCCUGCGAGACCCCGAGGGUCUCUUUAACCCGGAAAUGCUGCUGGAUAACAAACUCAGUCCGGAACAGACCCAGCAGCUUGUGAGGAUGAUCUGUUACCCUCAGACAGUUGUGCGCAAGUUAGAGGAAGAAGAGGAAGAUCUGGAUGAAAUGGAUGUCAUCCGGCGCAUCCUUGAGGGUCUAGAUCUAUGGAUGCUUCGUGUAUCCCUUCUAGAACUCAACCUGAUGUUUAAGCAGGCCAAGUCCAAUGCCGAGACCAAUAACAUCCUAGACUGUAUCUCCCAGGGCACGAUACAGCUAUUCCAUCAGCAGACAGAACACCACAGUCGUACAACCAACAACUCUCAGGCUGCUGCACUGCUCGAGACACUCUCUGUAGCCUCACCAAAGAGUGACAGUGGCGAGAAGGACAUAAGUGUGUGGCUGGUGGCCCCGCUCAUAUCUAAACUGCCGAGCACUCUCCAAGGACGGGUACUAAAACAGGCGGGGCAGGUACUUGAGAACAGCAACACUUUCUUCAAGAGCAAACAGGACUUGGAGCGGAACCAGCGCAGUAAAUCCCUACUGAGCCACCAGCCUUUCCUCUCACUGAUACUGACGUGUCUAAAGGGCCAGGAUGAGCAGAGAGAGGGCCUCCUGAAUUCACUGCUCACACAACUGGAGAAGUUCAUACAGACAUUCUCUUCACAACUGGAGAAAUAUCCAGAUGAAACAAAGAUCCGUAACAACAUACACGAGACUGUACAACUGCGGUUAUCUCUCCUGGGUGGAAUGUUUGACACGAUACAACGCAACAUCAGCCUAACCACAGACUGGGCCAUUCUACUACUGCAGCUCAUUAGCAGUGGUGUGAUUGAUAUGCAUUCAAACUAUGAGUUGUUUGCGACAGUACUGGACAUGCUGAAUUGUCUUGUUCUUGGAACUCUUGUACCAGACCCUAGUGAUCGAACAGACGACACCAGGAAAAUACACUCCAACUUGGUUAAGAAACUGAGGAAAGAGCUAGGUGACAAGGUAUUCGAGGCAACUGACCAGGUACGCCAGUUGUUGCCCCUCCCCAAACAAUUCUUUGAGGUGGUCACUGUGGAGCCCCAUGGGACGCUGGUCGACACAAAGGGGAACAAGAUACAGGGUUUUGACUCGAUCAAAAGAAAACAGGGCCUUCAGUGUGGCAAGAUAGAGAUGGUGAGUCCCUGGGACGUGAUCGAGAGCUCCAGGAACCCCCCACCCCUUUCCUGGACAUUCUUUGGGGGUGUACGUGUGGAAAAGAAGCCCCUCAAAUAUGAGGACCAACACAGAAUGCUGCUAUACCACACCCAUAACCUGCAGAAGUCAGCCAAAUACUACCUUGACCCGCCCACUUUGCCACCAGAGGAACUGGAACCACCCCCAGAGAAAAUUCAACAGGAAGAGAAGCCUCGGGAACCAGUGAAGGCCGCAUCAUCUCUUGAAUCAAAUAAAUCAAAGAACUCUGCGCGCCGGAAUAGACGGACGCCGAGGAAUAACUCCUCCACUUACACGCAGCCGGCCCCAAGGCAGUAUGGAGGAUAUGGAGAUACAAUGUAUGCCCCCAACCCAGCUCCCCCGUCCAACUGGGGCUAUCCUACACCGACACAACAACAACCCCCGUACAUACCCCAGCAGGCCAUGCAACAAGAAAAUCUACCUACAGUGCAAGGCCCUCGUUACACAGCCCCUGGUUUCCCGUCUACCAACCCCAAGCAGGCUAUACAAUCAAUGUUGAGGAACCGUCAGCCAGGAUCCGGACCCUUCAUACCUCAACAACCCAUGACUACACAGAUGAUGCAGAAGCAGCUUGUUCGCCAGCGUCUCCAGCAGACAUUCCAUCAGCAGGGCAGGAUGGGCGAUAACCCAGGAAUGUAUGGAAACAACAUCCCGUCGGGAAAUACAGGCAUGAUGCCAAUGUCACAGGGAGAGUUUGGUGUAGGUCCAAUGAAUCCCUCAUACCAGAGCAACUACGGGGGCAUACAACAGGCUGCCCCAGUGGAACAGAUGGGCGGUGCCAUGGUGUCCCAGGGCUACAACCAGUCGUACCCUAGCUCUGGGAACCCUGGGGUAAUGAUGUCCUCUAUGCCCCAGGCACCAGGCUACAUGUCCCAACAGAACCAACCCUCACAGGCACCAUUCUCCUCUACCUCAAGGCUACCCAUUCAGUCUGGAGGCAUGAACCCACCUGCUACAAUGAGUAUGGGCUCCGGAAACUAUGGCCAAAUGGGUCAGCCCGGCGGCCAGUCUGUUGGGGGUAACUACAUACAGCGCAUGCCUACCCCGCAACAACAGCAACUACAAAUGCAGCAACAACAGCGCCUCCGGCAGCAGCAGCUGUUACUACAGCAACAGAAGCAGCAGCAGAUGGCCCAAGCUCAGCAAUCUAACAAUGUAGCUCUGAUGGCACAAUUGAGAGUGCCAAAUCAGGGACAGCCUCCGCAGAUGGGUCCUGGCGGAUUUACUCAAAAUCAGUACCAGAACUAUUGAAAUGGAUUAAUUAACUGUAAUGUGAGCUUACAAGAAGCUUGAAUUGUGUCAGUAGUUAAAAUAAGGACAAGCCUGUCAACCCCACAUUAUUCAAAGGUCAGUUGGGCUUGCUCAGAGUCUGAAUUUUUAUGUAGUCAGGCUUGUUAUAGUUCUUCAGCCAAGCGGAAGAACUCUCAUUUCAUGGACUGCAGUGUAUGGCAAAUCAUGUUAGCUGAAGCAUUUCAUCUAGUAAGCGAAAUGGAUGAAAAUUAGCUCUGAUUCUCUGAGCAGGGCUGCAGAGUUUGACAUACACCACUGCUACAUUAGCCAAGGCAUUAUUGAUGGGCAUCCUUCAGUAUAAACUUGUGUGCAAAUCUGUGCAAUAACUAAAACCGAUGGGAUUAUUUUGUUAAGAUUACAAUCUAAGAACUAGUUACAAGAGCUUGAUUCUCAUUACUGAACAUGGUUUUGUGACUUUUACAUACCGUAAGUAAACAAGUUAACACACAAUUUCAAGAAUUGAUUGCUUUUUCAGCAGAACAGUGUAAUAAAAGACUUGAGGGCUAGACACCAGAUGAUACAAUGGCAAGAAAAAAAUAUAUUUUUAAAAAACUUACAGAAAAUUGACAUUGUGAACAAAGCAUUGAAUUUUAUUUACUGAUGCAUCACAUCGCUUCUGACACAUGCAUCUUUUGCAUUUUUUGCUAAAUUUUCCAAUUCAAAAUUUUCUAGGGUUGUCGACCAUGUAAAUUCCAGUAACUUUAAAAUAGCCUUGGUAUAUUUACCUGUACUCAUAAACAGAUUUCAUUUAAACUGGAAAACAUUAUGUGCUAUUUUAAAAGGGAAAACACAGAUGAGACAGCAACAUGGACGAUUACUAUAUUAACCAUGUUAAGUGAUGUAUUAUCGCCUCCUUCUUGCUCGCAUUGAGAAUUCUAGGCUGUUUUGGGGAAAUACUGUAAUAACCGUUUUUUGGACUGUCAGGUGUCUAGCACAGAGAGACAUGUAUGUUUAAUGGUAUGUGAUAUUUUGAAAAAAUAAAUAACUACCUGUACCACUGAUAAACAAAUAUAUUUAAUUACUUAAAACAGUUUACCUCAACAAUAAGUCUACAUUGUUUUCUUAAGUCCAUGCAUGGCUUAUGAGGAAAAAUACAAACGAGACACCGAUUUAAUAUGCCAGCUGGCUGGUUAAAGUGAUUUUCUCAUAGUCGUCAUAUAAAGAAUUAAGAAGCAAACAUGGUUGUAAGUAAAGAAGAAAUUGGUUGGAAGAAGCUUAGAAUUGCCACUUGUUGUUUUAUUGUUUAGAAAGGUUCAUGAUAAUGAUCAUGAGUGCAACUAUUUGUAUUUUUUUGACUUAUAGGAAUAGAUUAUGAAGAAGUUGUAAAUAAUGUUAUAUUGAGUAUUGUUGUAGAAAAGGUGUUGAUAAAUUUAUACCAUACAAAUCCAUUUCAGUUUAUAAAAUGGUUUUAGUUUGUGUUGUAAACAUGUCAUAAUUGAAGUAUUAAAUCUAUAUGUGACAUUAAAUAACAAAAUAUA